AUGGAUCACGAGACAGAACCCCUUUUCGAAGAAGAACUAGAUUAUGUAAAUGAAGACCACAUCCAUGCAUUCGCUAAAGCUUUAGUAUGGGACGAAAUGGAUCAUGACCCUGCACCAGUGAGUAAGUUCCCCGAAGAUGAAGUGGAGUUAGCUACACAAGAAGGGGUUGAAGGUAAUGCGGUAUUAACACCAGGAAAACCAAUCAAAAUCACAUCUAAGAGUGAUUGGUAUCCUGUUCAUAGAGAGAUGAUACGAAAGAAAGAGAAGCUGAAAAAGAAAGAUAGAGUGGCCAACGAAUUUAGAGCUAGCAUAGGUUAUACAUUAUUGAGAUGGCCACUUCUAACGUUUGUAGGGAUGUGGAUCAUAUUUCUAUGUGUAUUAUAUUCCAUAGUAAGAUUUUAUGUUGCAUUGUCAGAAUACUAUUUAACCUGGAUAGGACAGAGGAAGAAGCUCAGAGAUAACCUUAGGAAUUCCAAGACUUAUGAAGAAUGGGUAGAGAAUGCCUUGGCUUUAGAUAGGUAUUUGAAUCUCGAUAAAUGGUCAAUAAACUCCAAAUUUUCAUAUUAUGACUAUAAGACAAUCCGUUUGACUAUUCUGAAAUUGAAAGCCCUCAAGAAGGAUAGUCUAGAUCAUGAGCUUUUGGUAUUUUUACAAGGAUGUUUAAAGACCAAUUUUGCAGGUAUUGAAAAUAGACAAUUAUAUAGUCACCGAUAUUUUGGGACUAAACAUUUGGUUGAAGAAUAUGUUCAAGUGGUCACCGAAUGUAUAGAUCACAUAACUGAUUCCAAAAAUAUCAAUAUUGGUACUAAACGAAAGUUCUUCCGUAUAGCUUCUAAGAAUUAUGGGAAAUCAGCUUUAUGUUUAAGUGGAGGGGCUUGUUUUGCUUAUACUCAUUUUGGAGUAAUCAAAGCUCUUUUAGAUAAUGAUUCCUUACCUUCGAUAAUAUCAGGGACUUCAGGUGGUGGUUUGAUAGCUGCAUUGGCUUGUACACGUACAGAUGAUGAAUUAAGGCAAUUACUCGUACCCCAAUUAGCUAGAAAAAUUACUGCUUGUGAAGAUCCAUGGUAUAUAUGGUUACCAAGAUUUUGGAAAACCGGUGCAAGGUUUGAUACCAUUGCAUGGGCUAAGAAAGCUCAGUUUUUCACCAGAGGAUCUAUGACGUUCCAAGAAUCGAUGAAACGUUCAGGAAGAAAAUUAAACAUUUCGACAGUUCCUGCUGAUCCUCAUUCUCCAGUGAUUUUAUGUAAUAAUAUCACAUCCCCCAAUUGUAUAAUAUGGUCAGCAUUACUUGCGUCAUCGGCAGUUCCUGGGAUUUUGAAGCCGGUGGUUUUAAUGAUGAAAAAUCCAAAUGCUGAUAAUGAAAUAAUCCCCUUCUCCUUGGGUAACAAAUGGAGAGACGGAUCUUUAAGGACCGACAUCCCUAUAGAUUCGUUGAAUACCUACUAUAAUGUGAAUUUCACUAUAGUUUCUCAAGUCAAUCCCCAUAUUCUGUUGUUCUUCUAUGCUCCUAAAGGGACUGUUGGAAGACCAGUAGCCAUCUCAAGACGUUAUACUCAUAAACAACAAUUUGAAUCCUUUAGAGGUGGAUUUAUUGGUACAGCUAUUGAACAAUUAUUAAGAUUGGAAAUCACUAAAUGGUUGAAGAUUAUCAAAUCUUUGGAUUUACUUCCUCAUUUCUUAGAACAAGAUUGGCUGAAUAUUUGGCUUCAAAGAUUCAGUGGAUCCAUUACAGUUUGGCCCAGAAAUAGAUUGAAAGAUUUCUGGUACAUUUUAAGUGAUCCUACAGAAGAAAGAUUAGAGGAAAUGUUAAUGAAAGGUCAAAGAUCAAUGUUUCCUCGUCUACAUUUUAUUAAGCAUAGAUUGAGCAUUGAACGUGCUAUUGAAAGAGGUAGAAAAGUUGCUAAGCUCAGCAAUAACAUCAAACAAGAUUCACCUCAGGAAGGACCUAACGGAGAUUUCAGGGUUCAUAACGUUGAAUACGAUGAUGAUGAAACUGAUUCUAGUGAAGAUGAAAGAAUCGGGCCAUCACCUUUUGAUAAGAAAUAUGGCGAUUCAGACGAAGAACCUUACCUCAGUGAGAGUCGAACUGCCAGCCCCGAAUUUGCUGGAUUCAAUCCUGGUGAUUAUGAUUCUGAUGACACUAGAGAUAGAAGACGUUAUACUAUCUUUUGA